GACUUUAAACAGAACACUGAGUGCCAUGCCUGUUACUUCCGCAGAGUUAAAGAGCUUGGUCCUGAGAGCAAUGCAAAGAAAAAACCAGCAGCGUCUAAUGGAGGUGAAGAUGACACGAGUCCUGGAGAAAUGUCUGCUUUGUCUGAUGGCCGACAUCCCAACAAUGUAGAUCUCGCGCUUCUUUGUAAUCACAGCGGUUCUGGUGAACAAUCUCAAGAGUUGUACACCUUCCACGAAGCCGUUUCGCAGCUACAAGAUGCUGAAGAUAAAUUGAUGGAUGACGACAGGAACAACAUUGAAGAGGCCAAGACUCUUUUACAAGAACGUGUUAAGUUGAUAGAAAAAGUGGACAUGGAUGUCGAUUAUAACAUUGAAGACUAUGUGAGGCAGCUGGACGAGUUACUGGCUAAAGAAAGCGAGAAAAUAACAGAGCUUCGAGAAAAAGUAAACAAGUUUAAGAAGCAACUUGAAGAGGAAGAAAUAGCGAGCAGAAACAUUAGAAAGUUACCAGGUUACUAAGGAAAAAACUAAUAGUCUGCGGCCCCAGGGUAUCACCGUGGGGUUGUCUGUAGUGGCUAUCCCGGAUGAGCGCAACCCAGCUACUUCAUAAAAUGGUGGCCAAGAAAGUUAGUGGUGGAUUUUGGACGUUUUAAUGCACGUUCAUGGAAACGUUAUUUAUCUAUAUCUUGUACAGGUUAAAACGUGUGGACAGAUUUAUAAUCUGGUGUGGUAUUUGUCAGUGGAGUUGUAAAAUGUUUAUUUAUUGCUUGAAGUAUGUGUGAAAACGUUAAACAGAUAGCAAUGGUAAAGUGGUCGUUGUUUAGCACAGAUGUAUUAUAUUAUUAACAGAUUUUGCCGUUUAAAUGGACUCACCAUCUCCGUUAUAUACAUAUAAAUGCUAAACCGUCGCUCGCCAAAACAAUUUUGUGGAACAAGGACGUCAAAUGGCACUCGACGGACGGUUUCGAGUCGCAUUUCUCAAUCCAAAAGAACACUCGAAAUACUGCGAAUGUAUGACAGCGACAGCAUGACUUCAUGAAGAUAAGUUGUGUUGCUAAGCAACAAAACCUCUGACGAAAAUCAGGGACUGGGUCAAGUCGUGCAUGGAAACGAGGAUCGACCGAAAUAGUUCUGAUAGCAGUAACCAAUGAAAUAAGGGAAGUAAUGAAGAUUUCCACGGCUGUUCUUACGUUGCCCGCAGGAAAGCAAAUACACAGCAGUUUUGUGAACAAAAAGGCGCGCAUAAGCUUUAAACCACCGUAUUCUUAACGCACGUGUCAAACUAGGUUCCUUGUUCUGUGAGAGAGAAUGAUAAUUAAAAAUCUUAAACUGGA